UUUCCACUAAACAUGCUUCCGCUCUGCUCCUCAUGUUUGGUUGCCAUCUUUUUUAUUUCGCAUUUUAAAAUCAAAAUCCACUCCCAUUCGACGCCCAUCCUUUGCCUUAUUAUUCUCUCGUCAGUCGUCGGCCAGCCGAACCCUUGAAACAUGAGCACUUUAUGGUUCCCUUGUCAUGUCUCUUGCAUGUUGCCUUGGUUUAUCAGCAAACUCUCGAGGUUCGCUUCAUACAAAGGAUUGUAUACUAAGGUCAUAGGUCAACCGGACUCUCUUCUUGGCAUUCAAGCUCCUUUACUCAUUCAGGAUUUUGAUCAAUCAAAGACUUCCUGGACCUUCAAAGCUAGAGCAGUUCGUGUUUAUCAAAUCCCAGCAUAUGGAAUUCAUGGUGAAUCAUUGCAGUGUAUUUUCCAUGAUAAGGAGGGAACAAAAAUUCAUGCACAUGUUGGGAAACAUCAGGUUGCAAAGUUUCGGUCCCUGUUUAAGGAAGGCCAUGUUUAUGCAAUAAGGCAUGUUUUGGUUCAAAACAACUACAUGAAUUUCAAGACAACAAGGAAUGCUUUCAAGCUGCUAUUUAUCAACAAAACUGAAUCUUUUCAGAUUACAAACAUCAAUUUCCCAAUGAAAAUGUUUGACUUUACAACGAUUGCUGCCUUGCAAGCUAUGGAAGUUGUGGAUGAAACACAUGCCAUAGAUGUGAUUGGCAAGGUUACUUCCCUGUCAAACCCUAAGGCCCUAACAAAGAAUGGCAGAGAAACACAGUUGAUUGAUCUUACUCUUGGGGAUGCACUUGGAAAUACUAUCUCAUGCACACUUUGGGAGGAGUUGGUGGAUCAGUUGGUAGAUUUUCUGAAGACUAAACCUAAGUCUAUCAUUCUUAUUCUUCAACUAUGCCGUCCAAGAAAAUAUCAGGGUCGUGUGGGAGUGACAAACAUGUUCAAUGUAACGAAGAUGCUGCUGAACAGAGAUUGUGAGGAGUGUGUGGAGUUCAAAGCAACGUUUGGGCCAGAUAACGAUGAUGAUGGCGACGGAGUAGCCUUGGGUACUUUUGUGACUCCAACUUUCCCAGAUGACCUUGAAAGUGGGAAUGUCAAGAUGGUUUCGAUUGAUGAUCUCAUGAAAACAAAGGAGGAAGGUAAGCAUUGGGUCUAUGGAGAGAUUUUGGCAAUUGAUAGCUAUCGAGAUUGGUACUAUAUUUCUUGCAAGGGCUGCAGUAGGAAAGUUUUACCUGAAGGGGAUACUUUCCGGUGUGUUGUGUGCAACACAACAGAAGUGAUUCUGAGGUAUAAGGUGAAUAUGAGGGUGAUGGAUGACACGGGUCAUGCAUCUUUUGUGUUUUGGGACAAAGAAUGCAGUGUUUUGGUGGGAAAACCGGCAAAUGCUCUUCGCGAUGAGAUUGAAGAGAAAGGUGUGGGACCUUACUAUUUUCCAGUUGAGAUUGAUUGUUUAGUUGGGAUUAAGGGAUUGUUUCGAGUUCAAACAAAGACAGAAAUCAUAAGCUACAGGGGUGUGCCAACAUUUAGUGUGAUUGGAAUGAAUUGUGAUCCUAAUGUGAUGUCGUUAUACGAGAAUAAAGGAAAAGCAGUGGAGGAAGAAGAUGAUUUCACUCUUCUUAAAAAGGAGUUUUCUGCUCCUAAAGAAAUCAUCACAUUGAAUGUUGCGGAGACAAGCCCCUUGCUGACAAAAGAAAAAAGGAAAGAAAUUGUGAUAAACUCUGAUGGUGUCAAGAAAAAGUUGUUUGUUGAGGGCCCAUCUGUUGAGCGCCCACCUGUCGAGUGCCCAUCUUUUGAGCGCCCAUCUGUUGAGCCAGUGAAGAAGUUGAAGAAAGUGAAAGUGGAGAAGUAGUAACACUUUAUUACAUUUUCUGUUUAAGCUAGCUAGACCAAACUAUGUGCUUCAGAUUUUUUUGUUUUUUUGCGGCCUAGAUUAUGUUAGUGAAAAGAUCAGGUUAUGAUACAAACUUUGGAUGUUGAUUACUUGCUGGGUAAUCUAUUUUUAUCCCAAGUUUGUAAGGAAUGGCAUUUGUUGCCAAGUAUAAUGUAACCUAUUCUGAAAAUAAUGAUAUUGGUAGUGUUCUAAUUCCAAUUA